UUUAUAUCAAAAUGGUUUUUUUUUUAACGCUACACGAGAGACUUAUCAUUUUUGAAAACGCCAUCAUGCAUGUUAUGUAAAUACCGACAUUAUGCAUAGUCGCAUCUUGAAGAUCAUUACGCCAAUGAGCUAAAUAGAUUACUAGAGAACAAUAUUAUUGAGCACUAUUAUUCUCAUGAUCUUAUCCAUUCCAAGGAUAUUGGCUUUGGAGGAUUUGCAUCUGUUUUUGUCGCAAAAUGGAAGAAUACGCCAACAAAAUAUGCAAUUAAAAAAUUUGUCGACAAUAAAGAGGUGUGCUACAGAUAAUAUUUUUUUACAUUACGUACAAAUUUAUUUAUUGAUAACUUGCCCCUAGGUUUAUUUAACAAAAACGGUUAAUCCCCAUGCAAAUAUUAUUCAAUUCUACGGUGUUACUAAAAAAAAAGAUGAGGAAAAGUAUUCGCUUGUCCUUGAAUAUGCAGAAGGUGGAACAUUAAGAGAUUGUUUAAGGAACAAUACUAUCGAAUGGAAUAAUCAAUUGAGGUUUGCAAGGGAGAUUGCAAGUGCGAUUUUGUGGUUGCACGUUGACAAGGGAAUAGUGCAUGGAGAUCUUCAUCCCAAUAAUAUUUUAGUACAUAAAGAUACAAUAAAAUUAGCAGAUUUUGGACGUUCAUUUGAAACGGGGAAGGGUUGUG